AUGGGGGAUGCAGCAGCAGGGCAGCCUGAGCCCAGGGCUGCUCGCUGCCAGCUCUUUGACUCCAGCAUGAGGAGCACGGCCAGGAGGCUGAGGACGUUCCAGCAGUGGCCCCGCAGCGCCCCUGUGUCUGCCCAGGACCUGGUGGAGGCUGGCUUCUUCUAUGUGGGCCCCAGGGAUGAAGUGCAGUGUUUCUGCUGUGGUGGAGUGCUGAAGGACUGGAGACCUGGAGAUUGCCCCAUAAGAGAACACCUGAAUUUCUUCCCUUCCUGUCAGUACCUCUGUAAUGAGGGUGUUGGGAACCAGGAGAUGCUGUGCCUGCAGAACAUCUUUGACACCGUGGAUGGGCAGUUCCUGAGUGUCCUGCAGGGGACAGUCAGCGAGGAGACAGCCCUGCCCAACGAGCCAGAGUACCCCGAGAUGGUGACAGAGGAGAUGAGACUGUCUACAUUUGAGAGCUGGCCGCAAAAUUCCAGCAUGCACCCAGAGCAACUGGCUAGAGCAGGGUUCUUCUACACAGGACAAGGAGAUGUGGUGAGGUGUUUUUACUGUGAUGGAGGUGUGAGGAGCUGGUCCUUUGGAGAUGAUCCUUGGAGGGAGCAUGCCAAAUGGUACCCAGAGUGUGAAUUUUUACUGCACUCAAGGGGAAGAGAAUUUAUUAGCAGCGUUCAGGCGACCUUUUCUACCACCCUGCUGGCUCCAAGACAUUCCUGGGAUCAGACUGAGCAAGACUCCUCUCCUUCCCAAGAUCCUCUGAGGGGUUGGAAAUUGCGGGCUCGUCCCUCUGAGGCACAGAGUCUGGUAGUGCAGAAUGUCCUGCAGAUGGGCUUUGACCCCAGCUGGGUGGCAAACCUGGUGGAGAAUAAAUUUGCACUGACUGGGACCUUCUACCUGUCUGAGUCUGAGCUGGUUUCAGAGCUGCUGCAGGCAGGCAGGGAGGCCAGCAGCAGUGCAGGAGCAAGCAGAGGUGCUGUUCAGAGAGAGACUGGAACAUCAAGACAAGAAAUGAGAUCUGUACAGCAAAAGGAAUCAGAUGGGUCUCAGCUGAGCACAGAAGAAGAGCUCCACCGCCUGCAGAAGGAGAGGAUGUGCAAAGUGUGCAUGGACAGAGAUGUGUCUGUGGUGUUUGUCCCCUGUGGCCACCUGGUAGCUUGUGCAGAAUGUGCCCUCAAUUUGAGGCUGUGUCCCAUCUGCAGAGCUGUCAUCCAGGGCAGUGUGAGAGCUUUCAUGUCCUGAGCCAUGAUGCACCCAAGGGGAAAGAGAAAUCUAUACAACUCACUCAUAACUCUGCAGAGGGAGAAAAUAAAUAGUUUGCUGGAGCAAUCUUAUUUGCAGGGUAGCUUGGCAUAAGUGUAAAAACUCACUAAAUGUGUUUCCCAUGCACAGUGUUUCUAAGAAAAACUGCUGGUUUGAUCUACUCUUGCUUUAGGACUGCUCCAGGAAAACUCUGCUGGAUUCUUUUGCCCUCCAAAAUGAGGCUUUUAUUGACAGAUUCUAUUCCUCCACAUUUUUGUGUUCUCAAGUGAAUCUUUCUCUCUGUAUUGAAAUCAAAGACACUUUUCAGCAGACUCUCUGGUUCUUUCUCACUCACUUAGCAGAACAAUCUCUAGACAGCUGCUAGGGAUUCCUUCAGGAAGUUUGAUUGAAAAUGGGAGUAUUUUUUGUACAAAAUGCAUUCCAGUGAGACUAGAAUACUCAGCAGCCAUGUGCUGUGGGGGAGGGAGAAUCUACCUUUUUCUCCCCUUUUUGCUUUUUUUUUUCCCUCCCAUUUCUGUUGAAUUUUCAACAACUGAUGAAAUGUUUCAGAAAUACUCAAAUUUGCAUAACUAAGUGGAAAAGCCUGGCCUGAUUCUCCAACCUCUGUGCUCUCAGCUGACCUCCCCAGGUGGAAAGCUCUUUGCUCAGGGUCACUGGAUGGUCUCCUGGAAGCUUCUUAUGGAGCUCUUCCCUGGCUGUUGGGUAUUAUCCUACUGGAAAACACCUUUUUAGAACAUCUGUUUGCUGGCUAAACUGGUGAUUCUGUAUUUAAAAUGGAAUAUUCUAUCAUGUAGCCAAAUGUAAGUUUCAUCCCUAUCCCUUGUUAAGUGAAGGGAAAGGAAAUAAGUUUUUAAAAAUAAACUGUUCUUUUUAAUGGAAUAAAUUUUUUCCUUUAACUU